CACGUUUUCUCAAACAAUGUGUAUUUAACAGACACGUAUUUACCAAAACACACAUAACACAGAUAACUUUCGAUGAACAGACCUAGGUGCUAUGUUGGAAUGGAUGACUACAUUUGAGUGAAGAGGGUGAUGCAUAAUACUGAAAAUGAACUUGUCACUUUGUGGGUGUGGCUUCCUAGGGAUCUACCAUCUGGGCGUGGCAGUCUGUCUGAGAGACCACGCCCCCUCUCUCCUUAAAAGCCUGAAGCGAGUGUGUGGAGCAUCAGCAGGGUCAUUGGUUGGCUGUGUAUUAGUGUCAGAUCCAACAAAGAUAGAGGCCUGCAUUGACUUCACCCUGAAGUUGGCGGAUGACAUUCGUAAGAAACCUUUAGGAGCCAUGACGCCAGGGUUUAACCUCCUGGUACCAUUGCGCGGAUUUCUAGAGGAGCACCUUCCCCCAAACGCCCACCAAGUGUGCUCUAAUGCUCUCUAUGUGUCUGUAACAAAUGUCCAGACGAAAAAGAACGAGAUUGCAUGCCAGUAUUCUUCAAGGGAGGAACUCAUACAGCACCUGAUGGCCAGCUGCCACAUUCCUUUGUAUGCAGCUUUACAGAGUCCAGUUAUCUCUGGCAAGAAAUACAUGGAUGGGGGUAUGACAAACAACCUGGUGAUAUUUGAAGAUGGCCGUACGCUGACUGUGUCUCCCUUCUGCGGACCCCAAGACAUCUGUCCUCGUGACAAGCCGGGUAAAGGAUGGUACUUCAAUUUUGCCGAACAAAAUUUUCAGAUGAAUAGGAAAAAUAUGGUGAGAGGUAUGCACGCUUUGUUUCCCCCCUCACAGAAAAACUUACAAAUUUAUUUCAAUCAGGGUAAAAGAGAUGCUGAAAAGUUCCUUAGGAAGGAGGGACAGUAUGUGUCUUGAUCUGCAGAUCUCAAAACCAGGCUGUGAUUUGAUCAUCCGUCAAUGUCCCUGAAUUCAGGUCAAUAAAGUGAAAAAUACCAACUCUUAUGUAAGUCCGAAUUAUUCUGACGUUUUAUCGACUUUUUGUAUAUCGGUCUGUUGU